AUGGUGUUGUCGGACGUGAACGGGAACGGUAAGAAAUCGGCGGCCGAACGGUGGCUGAGACAGCGCAACGGGCAGCGGGCGUCGGCUGUCCGGUGCAUAUUCGGACCGCCCGAGAAACGGGCCCAUCUCAUGGUGAUCAUGCGCAACGAGGCGGAAAUGGAACGGAAGAGGAUCGAGUUCGCUGCCCGAUACGAGCCGGUUGGCAUGUCGCCGAACGAGCGCCGCAACUUCUUCUCGGGACUCAUCAAAUCGCCGCCGACAUCGUCGCACCAUCAUCACGGCAACGAACAUAAUACAAAAAAUCCUAAAGCCGAUAACCGCAACAACUACUUCCAACAGCAGCAGCAGCAGCAUCACUAUCGCCAGCAGCAGCAAAAGAACAAUAGUUUCAAUCAACCAUCCGACGACGAAAGAAAUUGA